AUGAAUGCGGGUGCAGCCGUAAAAGAAACCAAACCUGACAUAUCCAAAGAUGCUACAGGGGAUGGUGAAAGGCCAAGUUCAGAGAAAGCCUCGGAGACUGCAGCUCAUUGGAUGGACUCCUUCGAGAAAUUCUUAGAUCAAUAUGACGUUGCUGCUCUAAAUAAACAACCUCCAAAACCUGAGCCUAAGACCGCCGGUACUCCACUGUUACAGCAACCGGCAAGUCAGCCUCGACAAGAAGUCCCUGAUGUCAGUGGUGUACAACAAAUCGUUGAUGGUGUUGCACAGCCUCGUCAGUCCACAGGUAGACAACGUCAAGAUUCUGUCGAUGAGGAUGUACAGCCCACAAGCCACCAAGAUGGGGUGGCAGUGAUUAAAGAUGACGUGGGUGGUCAAUCCGUGAAUGAGAUGAUUAGGCAUUUGCAACGACCAAAAAUCGAGUUGGAAAGAUUCAGCGGUGAGGCGAUUGAGUAUAAGCGCUUUAUGAGGAUGUUUAGCGCCAGAAUUGCUAAGUUGUGUGACACUGACGAUGAGCGGCUUUAUUACCUCGAGCAGUUUACUACAGGCGAGGCACACCAAAUAGUUACUGGAUACAGCUAUUUGGAUGGCCCUACUGGUUACGCAGCAGCCGUCAAGGAGCUGACAGAACGAUAUGGAAAUCCGGAGGUGAUAGCUAAUGCAUUCAUCAAGAAAGCUGCUUCAUGGCCGCAAAUCAAGGCAGAUAACCCGAAGGCUCUCGAUGGUUUUGCAAUCUUUCUUCAGGAGUGUGAGAGUGCCGUCAAAUGCGUUGGUAGUUUGCAGUACUUGGAGCAUAGUGAGAACAUCAAGUCCAUGGUGAUGAAGCUACCUUACAAUUAUCACGACAGAUGGAGGUCUCGUGUGCAGCAGUGCAAGUACAAAGGAGAAAUGGUAAAGUUUCAUCAUCUAGUAGAAUUUGUCAGGUUCGAGUCCAAGAAGGUUAACGACCCUGUUUAUGGUAGAGAUGCUUUGUCAACCACAAACCAGAAGAAACCCGCCAAUCGUUGUGACACCAGGCCUAAAAUCACCAUGGCAACAAGUGAAACUACGGAUCUCAAUACUGCUAAGGAUGUUGACAAGGUGUGUUGGUUUUGUGGUGGUUCACAUUUGUUGAUAGGAUGCUCCAAAUUGCGAGAACAACCCUGGAGUGAGCGCAUCGAGUUUCUGAGAAAGCGGCGUCUUUGUUUUGGUUGUCUUAAGAUGGGGCACAUGAAGAGGACAUGCAACAGGAAGGCUACAUGUGAUGUUUGCAGGGGUCGACACCCUACUCUUCUUCACAUAAAUCAGAAUGAUACUUCAAGGCCUGCACAGUUUUCAAGAAACGUGAGAGAUUCAAGUGCCAUGGCUGGGAGUAACAUCGGUUGUGAGUAUACCAACGUAGCAUGUGACAACGAAAACGAGAACCAAUGUACGAUGGCUAUCGUCCAGUUCGUGUGA